AACGCGCAUGAUUGGCAGGGAAGUGCCCGCUCGGAGCGCGGCUCCGGCUGCGGCUGCGGCUCCGCGGGGCGAUGGAGCGCGGGGCCCUUCCCAGCCCGGAGCUCCUCCGGCUCCUUCCCGAGCCCUUCCCGAGCCCACCCGCUCUGCUCCUUAAUUUUCUUGACAACUCGAAGCAGCGGGAAUAUUGUACCUGAUGGACCGGAUGACGGAGGACGCGCUGCGCCUGAACCUGCUCAAGCGCAGCCUGGAGCCGGCGGAGGAGCGCGAGGACGUCCUGGCCAAGCGGCUGAAGAUGGAGGGACACGAGGCCAUGGAGAGGCUGAAGAUGCUGGCGCUGCUCAAGCGCAAGGACCUGGCGGGGCUCGAGGUGCCCCACGAGCUCCCGGUGAAGCCGGAUGGGAUCAAGGGAUACGAGGAGAAGCUCAACGGGAGCCUGCGGCCCCACGGGGACGGGCGGAGCGCGGCCCGGCCGGGCAAGGAGAACAUCAACGAUGAGCCCGUGGAUAUGAGCGCCAGGAGGAGUGACCAGGACCGGGGCCGCCUGACCCCGUCCCCGGACAUCAUCGUCCUGUCGGACAACGAGGCCUCCAGCCCCCGCUCCAGCUCCCGCAUGGAGGAGCGGCUCAAGGCAGCCAACCUGGAGAUGUUCAAGGGAAAAAGCCUGGAGGAGCGGCAGCAGCUGAUCAAGCAGCUCCGGGAUGAGCUGCGGCUGGAGGAAGCCCGGCUGGUGCUCCUGAAAAAGCUGCGCCAGAGCCAACUCCAGAAGGAGAACGUGGUGCAGAAGACUCCCGUUGUCCAGAACGCCGCGUCCAUUGUCCAGCCCUCUCCCGCCCAUGUGGGACAGCAGGGCCUGUCCAAGAUUCCCUCCCGGCCUGGAGCUCAGGGGGUGGAGCCGCAGAAUUUAAGGACAUUACAGGGACACAGCGUCAUCCGCUCGGCCGCCAGCUCGGCGCUGCCGCACAUGUUGAUGUCCCAGCGCGUCAUCGCCCCCAGCCCCGCCCAGCUCCAGGGCCAGCGCGGGCCCCAGAAGCCCGGCCUGGUCCGCAGCUCCACGCCCGGGAUGAGCCCCGCCAUCAACUACCAACCGCAAUCCGGCUCCUCGGUGCCGUGCCAGCGCUCGUCGUCCUCCGCCAUCUACAUGAACCUCGCCUCUCACAUGCAGCCGGGCUCGGUGGCCCGCGUGUCCUCCCCGCUUCCCAGCCCCAGCGCUCUUUCCGACGCCGCCAAUUCCCAAGCGGCCGCCAAGCUGGCGCUCCGGAAGCAGCUGGAAAAGACUCUCCUGGAAAUCCCACCCCCGAAGCCUCCGGCUCCUCUCCUGCACUUCCUGCCCAGCGCUGCCAACAGCGAGUUCAUCUACAUGGUGGGGCUGGAGGAGGUGGUGCAGAGCGUCAUCGACAGCCAAGGGAAGAUCGCUCCGGCGGUGCCGCGCGUGGAGCCGUUCGUGUGCGCGCAAUGCCGCACGGAUUUCACGCCGCACUGGAAGCAGGAGAAGGGCGGGCGGAUCCUGUGCGAGCAGUGCCAGACCUCCAACCAGAAGAAGGCGCUCAAGGCCGAGCACACGAAUCGCCUCAAGAACGCUUUCGUCAAGGCCCUGCAGCAGGAGCAGGAGAUCGAGCAGCGGCUGCAGCAGCAGGCGGCCCUGUCCCCCACGGCCGCGCCCGCCGUGCCCAGCGUCGGCAAACAGGACGGGAUCCUGCGGCACCACACGCUCCGGCAGGCCCCGCAGCCCCAGAGCAGCCUCCAGCGCGGAAUUCCCACCUCCGCCCGCUCCAUGCUGUCCAACUUUGCCCAGGCCCCGCAGCUCUCCGUGGCAGGAGGGCUCCUGGGAAUGCCAGGAGUGAACAUCGCGUACCUGAACGCCGGCAUCGGGGGCCACAAAGCGUCCAGCCUGGCGGACCGGCAGCGGGAAUACCUGCUGGAUAUGAUCCCGCCCCGCUCCAUAUCCCAGUCCAUCAGCGGACAGAAAUAGCCCCGGCUGCCCCCCCCCCGCCCCUUCACCCCUUCCCACCGGGCCAUACUGGGCCGUACUGGGCCCUACUGGGCCCUACUGGUGCCUCCGCUCCCGGGGAGAAACAGACCGCGAGAAACCAAGAGAAACAAACGGCAAACAUGGAGAAAAAAACAACGACGACAACAACGACAAAACCACCAAACAGACAAAAGAAACAUUUCAAACGGCCGCCUGUCCCCUUCCCAGCCCGAAAUUCCUUGGGUUUUCCAGGCCGGGAUCGCUCCCCGCGGCCGGAGCAGCCCCGGCCCCGCUGGUUUUGUAACGCCGCCGCUUCCUCCUUGUGUUGUGGGUUGGUUUUUUUGCCCCUUUUUUCCUUCUUUUCCAGCCCCCCUCUUCUCUCUCUCCCUUCGCUCCAUGGAUGGUUAAAGCUUUUGUAUCCCUUUUCCAGA